AUGGGGCGGGAAGCAGAGUGGCCGCCGGCGACUCUGGCCGUGGCGGCCACUCUGACGGCAGCGGGAGUGCCGGACGGACAUGUGUGUCCGUCUGCCAUGGGCUUGCGCGUCCCCGACACGACUGUUCGGGCGGGUGACUUUGUCUUGGAAAAACGCCUGUCGCCCUCUGCCCUGACCGCCGGCCGCUGCAGGGAGCUGCUCCUGCUCUGCUUCUCCGGCUUCCUGAUCGGGCGCUUCCUGGAGGUGAGCGUGGUGAGCGCCGAGGAGGCCCUGGUCGCCGCGCGCGAGCCGUUCCUGUGGAGGAAGUCCAGAAGUCCCCAGGCGCCGGCACCCGCGCCCAUGAAGUCCACCGUGGUCGUGACCACGCAGAAAAGGAACCUGAGGCGCCAGCUUCCGAGUUUCCUCCCCCAGUACCCCAUCCCCGACCGGCUGAAGAAGUGCGUGGAGCAGAAGAUCGACAUCCUGACCUUCCAGCCGCUGCUUGCGGAGCGCUUGAGCGUGACGAACUACAAGGAGAAGUUCUCAACGCUGCUGUGGCUCGAGGAGAUUCACGCGGAGGUGGAGCUGAGAGAGUACAGCAUGAGCGGGGUCACCCUGAAGAGGAGCGGGGACCUGCUGGUGCUGGAGGUGCCGGGCCUGGCCGAGAGCCGGCCCUCUCUGUACGCAGGUGACAAGCUGGUCUUGAAAACGCAGGAGUACCACGGCCACGUCGUCGAGUACGUGGGCUACGUGGUGAAGAUUCACGAAGAGGACGUGACCCUCAAGCUGAACCCGGAGUUCGAGCAAGCGUACAACUUCGAGCCCAUGGACGUGGAGUUCACGUACAACAGGACCACCAGCCGCCGGUGCCACUUCGCGCUCGAGCAGGCCGUCCACUUGGGGGUGAAAGUGUUGUUUCCGGAAGAAGUCAUCCUGCAGUCUCCCCAAGUGACAGGCGGUUGGAACCACGCCCAGGACCCCGGAGACGACGGGCCGCCCGCCCACCAGAACAGGAAAGCCGUGAAGGACCAGCUGAAGCCCGCCGCCGACACAGGGCCAGUGGGUGCCCAGGACACGCUGGGGCCGGCGGCCUUCGCCGCGGGGAUGAGCCGCCUGGGUGCGUGUGGUCCUGCCGGAGGGGCUGGGACAGCGGGGCAUGGCCAGAAGCGCCGUCACCGCCACCGCCACCUCGGGAGCGAACACAGGACGCCCACCGUCCUCGCUCCUCUGCUCCGACCAGGCGGCGAGGCGCGGGCCCCGGAGGCCAGGGAGGAGGAGUUCUUCAACCCGCUGCUCAACGAGAACCAGAGGCUGGCCGUGCGGAGGAUCCUCAGCGGGGACUGCCGCCCCCUCCCGUACAUCCUCUUCGGGCCUCCGGGCACCGGGAAGACGGUGACCAUCAUCGAGGCCGUGCUGCAGGUGUACCACGCCCUGCCGGACAGCCGCAUCCUGGUGUGCGCGCCCUCCAACAGCGCCGCCGACCUCGUGUGUCUGCGGCUGCACGAGAGCCGGCUGCUGCAGCCGGGCACCAUGGUCCGCGUGAACGCCACCUGCCGGCUGGAGGAGACGGUCAUCGAGGCCAUCAAGGCGUACUGCAAGGACGGGGAGGACAUCUGGAAGGCCUCCCGCUUCCGGAUCAUCAUCACCACCUGCAGCAGCGCCGGGCUCUUCUACCAGAUCGGGGUUCGAGUCGGACACUUCACGCACGUGUUCGUGGACGAGGCCGGACAGGCCAGCGAGCCGGAGUGCCUCAUCCCCCUGGGGCUGGUGUCGGACGUCGGCGGCCAGAUCGUCCUGGCCGGGGACCCCAUGCAGCUUGGGCCGGUCAUCAAGUCCCGGCUGGCCAUGGCCUACGGGCUGAACGUGUCCCUGCUGGAGAGACUCAUGUCCCGGCCGGUGUACCUGAGGGACGAAGACGCCUUCGGUGCCUGUGGCGCCUACAACCCCUUGCUGGUGACGAAGCUGGUGAAGAACUACCGGUCGCACGCCGCCCUGCUGGCCCUGCCCUCCCGGCUGUUCUACCACAAGGAGCUGGAGGUCUGCGCGGACCCCGAGGUGGCGGCCUCCCUGGGGGGCUGGGAGAGGCUGCCCAGGAAGGGCUUCCCGCUGCUCUUCCACGGCGUCAGGGGCAGCGAGGCACGUGAGGGGCGGAGCCCGUCCUGGUUCAACCCGGCCGAGGCCGUCCAGGUGCUGCGCUACUGCUGCCUCCUCGCCAGGAGCCUCUCCAGCCAGGUGUCCCCACAGGACAUCGGCGUGAUCACGCCCUACCGCAAGCAGGUGGAGAAGAUCAAGAUCCUGCUGAGAAACGUGGACCUGACGGACAUAAAGGUCGGGUCGGUGGAGGAGUUCCAGGGACAAGAGCACUUGGUCAUCAUCAUCUCCACCGUACGAUCGAAUGAAGAUGAAUUUGAAGACGACAGGUAUUUCCUGGGUUUCCUGUCCAACUCCAAGAGAUUCAACGUCGCCGUCACCCGACCCAAAGCCCUGCUGAUCGUGCUGGGAAACCCCUACGUUCUAGUCAGAGACCCCUGCUUCGGCGCGCUGCUGGAGUACAGCAUCACGAACGGCGUGUACACGGGCUGCGACCUGCCGCCGGAGCUGCGGUCCCUGCAGAAGUGAGCCCCCGCCCGGCCGGCGCGGCUCGGGUGGAGCGCCGCGCUGUGCACCAGGAGGUGGCGGGUUCGGUCCCUGUCCGGGCACACGAGGCAACCAGUCCGUGUUUCUCUCUCACAUCGAUGCUUCUCUCUCCGUCUCUUCCUCUCUCUCUAAAAGCAGUGAAAAAUUGUCCUCGGAUGACGAUGAUGAUGCAUAAAUAAACAAAUACAGCGAGCCUCCAGCCUCUCCUCCUGCCUGGGCCUCAGUCCUGCCCCGGGGUCAGGCUGUCGGGGCAGUGGUGGGGUUGGCCUGAGUCGCAGCCCCUGCCAGUCCCCUCUGGCCAAGACCUGGCCCCUUGUGCAGACCCUUGGGGGCCGUUCUGGGGGAGCCUGAAAGUGCGUGCACGUGGGGUGU